GGAGGAGGGGGGCGGUACCGGCUGCGGCCCUUCAACUGCCUCCCUCUCUUCUGCCACUGAUACCCCCAGUGUUACCCUCCGGUGGGCUUUCUGAGGAGUUCAGCUAAACUUCACCGACAGCCGCUCAGAGACCCCGGGCAGACUGAGAGAUGGCCGGAGCGACUGGACCGAAGCGGCAGGACACCCGGAAAUUUUUCGAGAAUCUUUCUGGCGCUGGGAAAUGCAUCGCCGUGCUGACCAGCGGCGGAGAUGCUCAAGGCAUGAAUGGAGCUGUCCGGGCUGUGGUCCGAAUGGGGAUUUAUGUGGGAGCCAAAGUCUACUUUAUUCACGAGGGGUAUCAGGGGAUGGUAGACGGUGGAGACUACAUCAAAGAGGCGACGUGGGAAAGUGUCUCCAGCGUUCUGCAAGUGGGUGGCACUGUCAUUGGCAGUGCCCGGUGUAAAGAGUUUCGCUCCCAUGAGGGCAGACUAAAAGCCGCUCACAACCUUGUUCAGCGGGGCAUCACUUACCUGUGUGUGAUUGGUGGAGACGGCAGCUUGACUGGCGCCAACCUGUUCAGAGAAGAGUGGAGUGGCCUUUUGAAUGAACUCAUACAGCAAGGGCUCAUAGAUGAAGAGGCAGCCAGAAGUCAUUCUCAUCUUCACAUUGUCGGUAUGGUUGGCUCUAUCGACAACGACUUUUGUGGCACAGACAUGACCAUUGGCACUGACUCAGCCUUGCACCGGAUCAUUGAGGUGGUGGAUGCUAUCAUGACUACAGCUCAGAGUCACCAGAGGACAUUUGUGCUGGAAGUCAUGGGCAGACACUGCGGAUACCUUGCUUUAGUCAGUGCCCUCGCCUGUGGAGCAGAUUGGGUUUUUAUUCCAGAGAUGCCUCCUGAAGAUGGCUGGGAAGACAACAUGUGUCAGAAACUGUCUGAGAACCGUGCUGAUAAGAAAAGGCUGAACAUUAUUAUUGUAGCUGAGGGUGCCAUUGAUUGCCACAACAAGGCAAUAACCCCUGAUUAUAUCAAGGACCUGGUAGUGAGCUGCCUGGGUUUUGACACCAGGGUCACCAUCUUGGGCCAUGUACAGAGAGGUGGGACUCCAUCUGCCUUUGACAGGAUUUUGGCCAGUCGAAUGGGCGUGGAGGCAGUGUUGGCUUUAUUGGAGGCGUCCACCGACACACCUGCCUGUGUUGUGUCUCUAGUUGGCAACCAGGCUGUUCGACUACCGCUGAUGGAGUGUGUUCAGAUGACUCAGGAGGUACAGAAGGCCAUGGAUGAGAAGAAAUUUGAUGAGGCGGUCAGACUGCGCGGCGGGAGCUUUGAAAAUAAUCUGAGCACCUACAGACUGCUUGCUUCUCAAACUGCUCGCUCUGAACUCCAAAAUAGCUCCUUUAACGUGGCGGUGAUGAACGUCGGCGCUCCGGCUGCCGGUAUGAAUGCCGCCGUGCGUUCUGCCGUCAGGGUGGGAAUCACAGAAGGCCACAAAAUGUUUGCUGUCAACGACGGCUUUGAGGGCUUCUACAAAGGACAGAUCAAGGAGAUCAAAUGGGGAGAUGUUGGAGGUUGGACCGGCCAAGGAGGAUCUCUGCUGGGGACAAAAAGAACUCUUCCAGCAAAACAUCUGGAUGCAAUUGCUGAGCAGAUGAGGAUCCAUAACAUCACUGCUUUACUUGUAAUAGGAGGAUUUGAGGCCUUUGAGUCCCUGCUGGAGCUGUACGAGGCCCGGGCCAACUACAAGGAGUUUUGCAUUCCCAUGUGCAUUCUGCCUGCCACCAUUAGUAACAAUGUGCCGGGCACUGACCACAGUCUGGGAGCCGACACGUCGCUCAACGCCAUUGUGGAGACAUGCGAUCGUAUCAAGCAGUCUGCCAGCGGCACCAAGCGGCGGGUCUUCAUCAUUGAGACUAUGGGGGGCUACUGCGGCUAUUUGGCCACGGUGGGCGGUCUGGCUGCAGGAGCCGACACAGUCUACAUCUACGAGGAGCCGUUUGACAUCCGUGACCUGCAGGCCAACGUCGAGCAUCUGACGCAGAAAAUGAAGACGAGCAUCCAGAGAGGCUUGGUGCUCCGAAAUGAGAAUUGCAACGAAAACUUCACCACUGAUUUCAUCUACCAGCUGUACUCUGAAGAAGGUCGAGGCGUGUUCGACUGCAGGAAGAACAUCCUGGGUCACAUGCAGCAGGGCGGCGCUCCGUCUCCCUUCGACAGAAACUUUGGCACCAAGGUUGCAGCUAAAGCCAUACAGUGGAUCACACGGACACUCAAGGAGUCGUACAAAGAAGGGAAAGUGUUCACCAACUCAGAGGACACCGCCUGCCUGCUGGGGAUGCGCAGAAGGGCGAUGGUCUUUCAACCUGUAGCUCAGCUCAGGGAAGAGACCGACUUUGUCCACCGGAUCCCGAAGGAUCAGUGGUGGCUCAAACUCCGUCCCUUGAUGAAAAUCCUGGCCAAGUACAAGACGAGUUACGACGUGUCCGACGCCGGCCAGCUGGAACACGUGACCCGGGUUCGGCCCAAAGAGAAGGACGCCUCGGCCGCAAUCUGAACCGCUGCCAAACAACAGCUUUACUCCCACAGGAAACCUGCUUCACAUUUCAGUGGCAGCUGCUCACACUGAUUGAUUCCUGCAUAUUUAAAUAAGGAAAGUUUAUAAGGGAUAGAGGUAAAUUUUCUAAAUGGAUUUUUUGUGAGUGUGGCGCUUUUCAGAAGGAAUCCUAAAUCUUUUAGGUAAAAUUUGAGGAGGAUCAUUUGGGAAGAGUAUUUAUUUUAAGCAAGCUAACAUCUAACAAAGCUUAGAUAUCCAAAGUUAUUAUACACAAAUUAAAUAUAUGCACUACCCAUGAUGUACUGUAUUUAGGUUUUAGUGCCCCAAAUGUAGCCAUGUCCAAUUAUUGUUUUGUGUGAACACAUCUCAGCCAGGGAUGAAUUUGGCUUCUAUCACCUUCACCUGCACUUUGAACUACGUAGUCAAUGUUAUCACCCAAAAGCUGCUUUUAAAAAGGGAAUCAAUGUCUGGGGAAUCCAGAAUGUCACCACAUCGUCUGGAAAAUGCUGUAACCCUGAAGGCUUCAGAGUGAGCAGGUGUGUGUACGGUCGAAAGCUAACUGUACGUGUGUGUCGUGUUGUUGCCUUAGCUGACUGUGUUUGACUGUGUUUGCACCGUAUAGUUUUUAUUCAUGCAGGCUGUUGCUGUAGGAAGUAUUUGGAGGAUGUGUGGAACAGCCCAUUGAUAGUGUUAACGUGACGUGAGUGUCCUGUUUCAGAGUAAAUAAAGCUUUUAUGGUGUGGAAAUGCUGAAUGCUGUGUUCAUUUGGUAAAUUAUGGGAACAUGGAUUAAUGUUAAAUCCAUAAAAAAUGUUUUUUAUGGAUUUUUUUAUAUUCAGGAAACCAGAUUGGAAAGUUAACAAAAGUUACAGUUCUUUUGAAGUUCUGAUCCUUAGUAAAUUAUUAAAAUCGCUUUCAUUUGUUGAUCUGUAUUUUAUAUCAAAUCUCAGAUUUGUUGUGUGAUUUAGUGUUAAAUGUUGGUCAUUAAAGUGGGGAAUUCAUAUCAACACCAAAAGUAAAUUUGGCCUUUAAUGUUAUCUUUGCCUCAAUUGGCUUUUUCUUAAAGAAUCCAGUCCUUCCCAAUUCCUGCCAUGCUACAGACCUGGAGCUGACAAACGGCUUUGAGUCUGAAGAAAUAUCCACUUCCCCAUCACCUUGUGCUGUUCGACCAUUUUAAUAACCUUUUAGUUCAUUUUUAGGAUUCCAAACCUGAGAGUACAUUUCCUUAUAUGUAUAUCUUUACGAGACGAUGCUGUAACUACUUUUAAAGAAUCUUCCAUUUUUAAGUUCUUCACAUUUCAGAGAAAUGGCAGAAGGUAGGAAUUUGACCUUUAGCCCUUUAGAAAUUCAUGUUUUUGUUCAGCAUAGACCUCAUUAAAAAAACAACUAAUUAUCCAGCUUUCUAUGCUGUGUACUUUACAGCAGAACAUUAGGAAAUCAGAGCAAAAAUUUCCAAUAAUUGUAGACUAAAACAUUAUAUUCACACUGAUUUGCAUUGGUUUUGAGAGUUUUUAUUAGUUCUGUACCAUAGUCAUCUAAUGCCUGAAAUAGUGAUACGAGUUUCACUGUAAUUUUAUUUUAUUAUUCUAGUGUAACGAGCUGUAUUUGUAGCCCUGAACCCAACAGAAGGGUUUCAUUUCUAGAGUUAAUCUUGGUAAACUGAAGGCUGUGUUGGACAAACAAAACCACUUUAUGAC